AUGAAGCUCCUUGAAUCCAUCGCUUGCACCGCAGCGCUGUUGCCGCUCGCCGCAGCAGACUGGCAGUUCAAAUCCCGAACCGACCUGGCCCCGCCUCGUCUGAACAUCACCAUCCCGGCCACAAAGGAUGUCGAGAAGGGUUACCUCUUCAUCGCGCCUUUCCCGGGCCAGUGGGCUGAGCCACAGUUCCACGGCCCGCGUCAGGAAGCUCCGUAUAUCGUUCGCGAUGACGGUAAGCUCGUCUGGUCGGGUUAUACCUACUUCUCCAUCUGGGCCGCCAACUUCCAGAAGGCCAGAUGGAAUGGUCAGGAUGUGCUGUUCAGCUUUGAAGGUGAUCAUAACCCGGCCUAUGGACAUGGUCAUGGUCAUGCUACUAUUCUGAAUCAGCGAUAUGAAACUAUUCGGGAGCUCCGCGCUGGCAACCAUAAGCUCAUGGAUAAACAUGAAUUCCAUGUCGUCGAUGAGAAGACUGCGUUGCUUCAGGUCUACCAGCCUGUGCCAAGGGACCUGUCUCGAUGGGGUGCCAGUGCUGAGCAGCAAUGGAUUGUCGAUGCCAUCUUCCAGGAGUUGGACCUUCAGACUGGGGAAUUGCUAUUUGAGUGGUCUAGCCUCGAGCAUGUCUCUCCUGAUGAGGCAGUUCUCCCUCUCAACCCGGGACAAGCGGGUGCAGGAUACAACUCAUCCGACGCAUGGGACUACUUCCACAUCAACUCUGUGGACAAGGAUGCCGAAGGCAACUACCUGAUUUCCGCGCGGGAUGCUUGUGCGGUCCACAAGAUCAACGGUACCACUGGUGAAAUCAUCUGGCGGCUGGGUGGUCUACGCUCAGACUUUGAGCUCGGUCCCAACGUCAACUUCUGCUUCCAGCAUCACGCGCGCUUUGUCGAGCAGGGUGAUGACGAGGAAACCAUCUCGCUGUUUGAUAACUCCGCUCAUGGGACAGAGAAUCACCGUGGCAAAGAGGUCCACACCCAUCCUUUCUCGCAGGGCAAGGUCAUUUCUGUCAACACUGCCACCUGGACUGCGAAGAUUGUUCAAGCCUUCCAGCCUCCCGAUGGACUCCUCGCCAAGUCUCAAGGCAGCACCCAGCUUCUACCCAACGGCAAUGCCUUGGUCAAUUGGGGCUCUGAGGGAGCUAUGACCGAAUUCCGGGCGGACGGUACCCCGAUCUUUCACGCUUACAUGGACUCAGGACUUCUGGGUGAGGGCGUCCAGAACUAUCGGGCAUUCCGGUACAACUGGACUGGCCUGCCAACAGAAGAUCCCGCCAUUGUGGCUGAGAAGACACCCUCGGGCACCGAAGUCUUUGUUUCAUGGAAUGGUGAUACCGAGACGGCGGUUUGGCGAUUCUAUGCCGUUACGGAUGGAUUUGGGUCCCGGGAGUUCUUGGGCGAGGCUACACGGGAUGGGUUCGAAACUUCCUUCUCGCUGCCUGGUCACUCAUACCAACGCCUGGCGGCUGAGGCUGUCUCGGCUCGUGGUCGUGUCUUGACUACGACUCGCGUUGCUCAUAUCCAAGACGCGGCGCUUCCUUACGGCAGUGUUUCUGCGGGAUCCGAGGAUCGUGACUCUUGGAGACAGUUGAUCUUGCAGGCAUAG